GAUAUAUGGGAAAGCCAGCCGGCCAUAAAGUCACCAUCACUGCGAAAUUACCACUUCUCUUUCCCUCCUUAUUACUAAAUUCCAUUUCUCAACUUCCUUAUACACACAUGCUUACACACACACAACCUUUUUUUCCUUUUUGCUUCCUCUUCUGCAUGAUCUUCUUCCUCUUACGGUCUUUACUUCAACAAAUUGUUCUUUGAUUGAUACACAAAUCAAAAUCAAAAUCAAAAGCUUAUUUUUUUUUUUAAGUUUUGUUUUUCUUAUCACGGAAGGUGUUGACUUUGACUUUUUCUUCGCGGGAUUGUAGGGACUCUGUUUCUUCAGAGAUAGAUAGAAUGGUCUUGUGAGGAGGUUUAGUUAAAAAAAUGUUGGAUUUGAAGAGGGCUUCACUGAUCCUUAAGUAUGUCAAGAGGGUUAAGCUUGUUUAGUUUAUGGUUUUGAGACCAUGUUCAUGUGGGGAUUCCUCUUCCUCUCUGUUUACUUCAUCCCGGGUCUUGUCCAAAGGGAUUAAGCUUUAUCUAGUCAUUACAAAACAACCCUUUUAGUGUUCUACCAUCUUUAAGGAUUGAUCAAACAGUUUCCAUUAGUCUACGUUAGUCUUAUACUCUGCUUCCCUUCUUCCCUUUGUCCUUUCACACAACCUUUGAGUUUAGUUUCUAGUCUUUGUUUUGGAUAUGUCAGAGUUUGGAUCCACGCUUCCUGUUUCCGGAGUUAAAAGCCAUGUCUUAGAGGCAUGUCGCCAUGUUGUCAACGCACUAAGGGCAUCUGAUAACAACCUCGACGCCAACUUGACAAAGCUUCUAAGUGACUUAGACACUCAUUUGUCAACGCUUGGGAACGUUGAUACCAAACUCGUUAAAGAUACAGGAUUCUCUGAGAUCAAGGAGAGAUUCAAAGAAGCUAAGAAGAUUAUCCUCGCCUGGGAACAGAACCAGUCUUUGAUAUUGGAUGCUGGUCUCUGUGAAGCUGAUCUCUUCUUCAAAUCUCUCCACGAUGUUCAAACAGUUCUCACGAGUUUCAAAGCUUUGCCUAGCAAAAGUAGCAAGAAGGAGAAAGAUGUUUACAACCAAGCUUCUGUUGUUCUUGACAUCGGGAUGUUGAGGCUUGAGAAAGAGCUUAGUGAUGUCCUGAAUCAGUACAAGCACCAUGUGCAGCCUCGGUACUUGGCGGUUAGUUCCCGUGGAAAGGAUAUUGUUUAUGAUGAGUCCUUUGUCUCUCUAGAUGAUGAAGUUGUUGUUGAAGCUACUUCACAGGAAGAUGACCAGCAAAUAUUGGGAUCCAACAACGGUGAGUUAGUCGAUCUCCUGGUCGUUCCUCACAUCAAGGCUAUUGCAAAGGCAAUGCUUGCUUGCGGCUAUGAUCAACCAUUCCGUGAAGCUUUCAUCAGCGUUAGAAGAGACGCUUUAAAUGAGUAUAUGGCCACUCUCGAGGUGGAGAGGUUCAGCUGUGGAGAUGUUCUUGGAAUGCAAUGGGAGGAUUUGAAUGGUGAGAUGAGAAAAUGGUCAAAGGUGUUAAAGAUCGUUACUCAGGUCUAUCUUGUCAGAGAAAAACAUCUCUGUGACAAGAUCUUGGGAGAGUUUGAGCCGAGUUUCACCGUUUGUUUCGUUGAGAUCUCAAAAGAUACAAUUCUAUCUCUCCUCAGCUUUGGUGAAGCUGUUGCGCUGAGAUCUUGCCAGCCAGAGAUGCUUGAACGGUUCCUCAGCAUGUAUGAAGUUUCAGCAGAGAUUCUCUUGGAAGUUGAUAACCUCUUCCCUCAUGAAUCAGGAGUAGCGUUCCACGAGCUGUCUAAGAAGCUAGCUGAUUGUACAAUUACGACGUUCUUGAAGUUCAAAAACGCAAUAGCCUCUGAUGAAUCCAUACGUGCCUUCCCUGGAGGGUCGAUACAUCAUUUGACCAGGUAUGUAAUGAAUUACUUGAAGCUUCUCCCUGAGUACAAGGAUGCUCUAAACACACUCCUUGAGAAUCUACAAGUUGAUGACACAAUCCCGGAGAAAACAGGACAAGACAUCCUUCCUUCCACGUUCUCUCCCAUGGCUAGACAUCUCAGGUCAAUCGUCACAACUCUAGAAUCAACCCUAGAACGCAAAGCUCAGCUCUACGCAGACGAGUCACUCAAGUACAUCUUCUUGAUGAAUAACUAUCACUACAUGGUCCAGAAGGUGAAGACAUCGGAGCUGAAACACUUCUUCGGAGACGAAUGGAUCAGGAAACACAUAGCAAGUUACCAACACAACGUCACAGACUACGAGAGAACCACUUGGAGCUCUGUCCUCUCUUUGCUUAAAGACAACAACAAAGACUCUGUAGCAACUGUAAGAGAGAGAUGCAGACUCUUCUGUCUUGCGUUUGAUGAUGUUUACAAGAACCAAACACGUUGGUCGGUUCCUGAUCCGGAGCUGCGUGAUGAUCUUCACAUCUCGACCUCUGUCAAGGUUGUUCAGUCUUAUAGAGGGUUUCUUGGAAGACACGCAACUCGUAUAGGUGAGAAAUACAUAAGAUACAGUUGUGAAGAUAUCGAGAGUUUGCUUCUUGAUCUGUUUGAGUGUUUGCCUUCUCCAAGAUCAUUGCGCAGCUCUCGUAGUAAGAGAUGAUGAUGAUGUCUCGAGCCUGUUUAUUGACUCGAGCUUUGUUCUUUUUCAUCUUUUGUAUAUUUUUUUUACUUAAUUCAGUGAUUUUGUGAAACAUGUAAUAUACUCUUGUCUCUGGAGAUUUAAUUUCAUUUGCAAUAAUUAAAAGUUGAUCGUUUGUAACUAAGCCCUUUGUAUAUGGCUAUCGAUUAGUCAAAUUGUGUACUAAU